AUGCGCGCGCCAUUCCAACCGCACGCAAGUAUCGUUGUUCUCGCGGUGAGCGAGAGCGAGACGAACGCCGACUGUGUCGUGGUGAAGCGUCACCACGACUACGAGACCAAGAGCAAUUUCGAGAACGAUGUGGUGAGCAUGUACCACCACGACCACGCAAACGAGAACGUCGUGGCGAGCGUGUGGCACCACGUCCUCGAGAACGUGGGUGGUGUAGCCAGAUUGACGCACCACAUUUAA